GGAAAGGGAGGGAAGGGAGGGAAGGGAAAGGGAGGAAAGGGAGGAAACGGAGGAAACGGAGCAAACGGGGCAAACGGAGGAAACGAAGGAAACGAAGGAAACGGAGGAAACGGAGGAAACACAGUCGACAUGGUAUGUGGCAAAAGGAAGAUAGAACAAUCGACUUCUUUUAACCGGAUCGUUGGAGGGACUGCCGCUAGAAAUGGCAAGUUUCCUUGGCAGGUGCUUAUCCUCGCCAAUGGUCGCCAACACUGUGGUGGUACGAUUAUUGAUGAGAAUACCAUCGUUACUGCCGCACAUUGUGUAGCCAGCGGCAACUGCUACUCUGCACCGUCUCAAGCUCGGUUCCUGGAGAUCCUGGAGGAGACAGACGCGGACCAUAUCGAGAAAAUAAAGUUCCUGAAACCCUGCAAGUACACCAGUGUAGGCACGUUCGAAGUUUAUGCCGGUAUCAGCACUACUGUUGAAUCGAAAAAAGAUUGGAAAGAUAAGCAAAGCAGAACAGUUGACAAGAUAUUUGUUAAUGAAAAGUACAUUACCUUCUUGAAGACGAAAGCUCAAGCCCUACACAACGAUAUAGCAGUGCUCAAACUCUCGGAGCCCCUCCAAUGGAGUGACGCAGUACGUCCUGCGUGUCUCCCUGAAGCGAACUUCGAAAUGCCAGAAAAACAGCAACUCGUUGUAACUGGAUUUGGGCUUACGUACGAAGGAUCUGGUGUUCCAUCAGAUAAGCUCAUGGAAGCAAAAGUCAGGUUAUUCACAGAUGAUGAAUGCGAUGAGUUCUACGACGAUGUCAUCUCACAAGGAAUGUUCUGUGCAGGUGACAGUAAAGGUCAGGUGGAUGCCUGUUCAGGUGACAGUGGAGGUCCCAUUGGUAUCGACGAUUUGAGUGUGAACAAGUUCACUUUAACAGGGAUCGUGAGUUGGGGUGUGGGAUGUGGUCGUGCAGGUAAACCCGGCGUCUACACGGAGGUUAGCAAUUUCCUGGACUUCAUCGACAGUGCAAAGAAGGGUGAAAUAUCCCCUGUUUCUGAGGCAUAAGUGCCAGAAAUUCUAAGAAGCUCGAGGGAUGAUCUCUAUACUUUGAUAGUUUAUUCUUCUUCGAAUCAAUUAAGCAUAGACACGAAGACUUAAGAUAUUAGUUUUAAAGCUCUAAUUUGAUUGAAUCACUUUUUGGGGGAUUGUAUCAGUAUAAUGUUAGUUUCUUUUCGUUUUGAUAAGGUGAAUAUAUAGAUAUAUGUUUAAUAAUUACUAUAGAUAUAGUAUUGCUGAAAGAUUAUUUUUUGAA